AUGGACGGACUAAAGAACGGUGCUGAAAUGGAUCGGCAGCACCCACCGCCGAUACAAGCAAGAUGGGUGCCUACAGCUGACAACGCAGCGGAUGAUGCGACGCGGUCGCAGAGCAAGGCGGACCUUAGCCCGGAAUCCCGGUGGCUAAGCGGUCCCGCAUUUUUGAGGCAGCCAGCAAGCGGCUGGCCAUCGCCUGAGGAGGGAACCGAGGAUGUUCUGGAUGCACCUGAUGAGGAGAUGCCCAGUGAGUUCGCAUUGGUGGCAUCGAAUGAAUUUGUUAUCCCGUUUCAGAGAUUCUCGAGUUUCAGUCGCCUGGUGAGGACCACAGCCUGGGUCCUGAGGUUUGCGCAGCGGUGCCGCAAACAGAAAAGCGAGUUCGAGGAAUAUGGACUUACUGCAACGGAGUGUGAGACCGUGGAGAACCUGGUAGUCAGGCAGGCCCAACUGGAAUCGUUUCCCGACGAGAUGAGGUCGGCGGAACGCGGAAAGGACGUCGCCAGCUCGAGCGAGAUUCGAGGUCUGGCGCCCUACGUGGGCGAAAAUGGACUUCUGCGAGUCUAUGGCAGAGUUGAUGCCGCGCUGUUCAUGCCGUACAGUGCGAGGAUUCCUGUAAUACUGUCACACAAGCACAGUCUUACGGAGAUGGUAGUAAGACACUUCCACGACCAGAUGAAACAUCAAAACGUGGAUGCGACGAUUGCUCAGAUCCGGACGAGAUUCUGGGUCACGAAGAUGAGACGAUUACUGAAGAAGGUCAUCUCGUCGUGCAACGAGUGGAAGUUGCAACGGACGCGGCUGAUUGAACGCUGCUCCCACGGGGUUUUUCUAACUUUCCCGCCGCCCCGGGUUGCCACCCCGGCCGAACUAUCGCCUACGUUACAAAUCUCAACAGGUGGGUAA